UACUCCGGCUGAAAUCCGGGAGCUAGAACUACACCUCCCAGGAAGCCGAACGGUAGUUAGUUUGUUUCCGGAAACGAAGUCCUAGAGGGUGGGACCUAAAGUUGGAGCCGGCGGCGGCAGCUGCCAAUUGGUCAGGACACAAGAUUGACGGCUUCACUAACUAACGGGGAUAAGCAACUGCCGAAGAGGCCCGCCCACAGAAGGGAAAGAAGAGAGGCAGACGCGGUCGCGGCUGGACACUGCUCAGGGCGGAGGACCGGUGGGACGCGGAGCUCCUCUGUGACUUCUCCCCGCCCUCCCCCGCCUCGAUUCGUGACCCUAGGCCCUUUGGGACUCCUCUGACCCAGCGUGCCAGUUCUCGGACUCAAACCAUGUUUCCGGUGAAGGUGAAAGUGGAGAAAUCAGAGUUGGAAAUGGCCAAAGCCCGGAACCAACUAGAUGCUGUUCUGCAGUGUCUACUGGAGAAGAGUCACAUGGACAGGGAGCGUCUGGAUGAGGAAGCUGGGAAAACCCCCUCGGACACCCACAAUAAGGAUAGUUCCAUUGCAGCCACUGGCAAAAGGCCAUCCGCCCGCUUCCCUCACCAGCGGAGGAAGAAGAGGAGGGAGAUGGAUGACGGGCUGGCUGAGGGAGGGCCGCAGCGAUCCAACACGUACGUGAUCAAGCUGUUUGACCGGAGCGUGGACUUGGCCCAGUUCAGUGAGAACACACCGCUGUACCCGAUCUGCCGGGCCUGGAUGCGCAACAGCCCUUCAGUGCGGGAUCGUGAACGCUCUCCCAGCUCACCGCUGCCCCCGCUGCCAGAGGAUGAGGAGGGUUCAGAGGUUACCAACAGCAAGAGUCGUGAUGUGUACAAGCUGCCUCCACCCACAGCCCCCGGGCCCCCUGGAGAUGCCUGCAGAUCCCGCAUUCCAUCCCCACUGCAGCCUGAGACCCAAGGCACCCCCGAAGAUGAGCCCUCGGAGUCCGAGCCUUCACUAUCCACACUCAUCUAUCGCAACAUGCAGCGCUGGAAACGCAUCCGCCAGAGGUGGAAGGAGGCCUCUCAUCGGAACCAGCUGCGUUACUCAGAAAGCAUGAAGAUCCUCCGGGAGAUGUAUGAUCGACAGUGAUGUUCCCCAGGCUCCCCAUUCCCCAUCCCAAUAAACAUCCCCUGACUCCACA